AUGCUGAUCUUCUGUGCUGUCUGGGUGGCCUUCGUCCCAGCCUACGUCAGCUCUCCAGGGAAGUACUCUGUGGCUGUGGAGAUCUUUGCCAUCCUGGCUUCUAGUUAUGGUCUGCUGCUUUGUAUCCUCCUGAGGCCUGAGAGAUACACCAAGAAACAGCUGAUGGCUCCCUCCCUCCUGCUUGUUUUGAUGGUGAGCAGGGAUGUGGGGCUCAGGGUGGGUCUGGAGGGGGUGCAGACCUCCAUGUGCUCUCGCUGGGGCUCCAGAGUGGAAGAGUUCAACCAGGGUCAGGAUGGAGACGUCGUCAUCGGUGGGCUCUUUAACCUUCAUUACCAACCGCCGGUUAUAGACCAGGAGUUCAUUAAGCCUCCGUUAUACAAUCCAUGCACUGGAUUGGAGGUAGAGACACUGAAGUCUGUCUACGCCAUGGAGUUUGCAGUGGAAGAAAUCAACAGAAACCCCCUCAUUCUUCCUGGUGUGAAGCUCAACUACAGAAUCCUCGACAGCUGUGGGAGACACCCCUGGGUGCUGCAUGGAGCAUUCUCACUGGUUGGGGGAGAGAUGGAGAGGGGCCCAUCUAUACCGCUGAUCAUCGGUGGGGCUUCUUCUACCACAGCCAUAAUACUGUCUAGGUCACUGGCCUCUCUCUCUGUUCCAGUAAUUAGCUACCUUGCUAGCUGUCCCUGUCUUAGCGACAGACAUCGGUUUCCUAACUUCUUCAGGACCAUUCCCAGUGACGUCUACCAGGCUAAGACCAUGGCCCGACUUGCAAUACUCUUCAACUGGACUUGGAUUGGAGCAGUCAUUGCAAACAAUGACUAUGGUCGUCUGGCAAUUCAGACAUUUCAGGAGGAGAUUAAGGGAUCAGGAGUGUGUUUGGCAUUUCUAGAAGCUGUUAGCAGGGAGAAUAUUGAGGAAGAUGCAAAACGUGCAGCUACAACUGUUCAGCAUUCCACUGCAAGAGUGAUACUGAUCUUUUGCUGGCACACAGAUGUGAGGGAGUUGUUUCUACAACUGGCCAAGAGAAAUGUGACCGAUAGGCAGUUCAUAGCCAGUGAGGCUUGGAGUACUAGCAGCGAUCUUUUACAAAAUGUUGCCAUUUUGAACGUGGCAAGUGGUGUGUUAGGUGUUGCUAUUCGAAGUGCAAGGAUACCAGGAUUUAAAAGUUUCCUCCAGGAAUUAAAACCCUCAAAUCGCCCUGGGGAUUUACAUCUGCGGGAAUUCUGGGAAAAGGAGUUUGAUGGGAGAGAGACACUUGUGGGCGUACAAAAUAUUUUUACUGACACUGCCCACUUAAGGGCCGCGUAUAAUACCUACCUGGCUGUGUAUGCUGCAGCCCACGCUCUGCACAGCCUUCUCUCGUGCCCAGAUAAAGAGAGUUCUCCAAGAGACAACAGCUCCACCUGUAGCUCACCUUAUAACAUUACACAUAAAGAGUUGUUAGAGCACCUGAACAAAGUGAACUUCACUACUCCAAACGGGGAGGAAUUCUUCUUCCAAGGAGCCGACAUCCCAGCUGCUUAUGACCUGGUCAACUGGAAGACCUCCCCUGAUGGGUCACUGAAACUAGUUCUAAUUGGUCGAGUGGAUGGCCUGGAAUUACACCUGAACAAAACAUCUAUUCAGUGGACUAAAGGCUCCAGUCAGGUGCCUAUUUCUGUAUGCAGUGAGAGCUGCCCCCCAGGAACCCGAAGAGCCAAUAGGAAAGGAGAGCCUGUCUGCUGCUUUGACUGUAUCCCCUGUACUGAUGGAGAGGUCAACAAUGAGACUGGUUCCCAUCAGUGCAGGCGAUGUCCUGUUGAGUUCUGGUCCAACACGGGGAACACGGCCUGUAUUCCACGCAAAGUGGACUUCCUGUCUUUUAAUGAGACAAUGGGAAUCAUCCUGACUUCUGCAGCUGUGUCUGGGGUUGUGGUCACUACAGCUGUUUUUGUCAUCUUUUUGUGCUACCAUAACACUCCUGUGGUGCGUGCAAAUAACUCAGAGCUGAGCUUCCUGCUCCUCCUGUCACUCAAGCUCUGCUUCCUGUGUGCGCUGGUGUUCAUUGGUCGUCCCUCCGUGUGGUCCUGCCGCUUACAGCAGGCAGCUUUCGGGAUCAGCUUUGUCCUCUGCGUCUCCUGCCUUAAGGUGAAGACCAUAGUGGUCCUGGCCGCUUUCCGCUCAGCUCGGCCAGGAGCUGGAGGCCUGAUGAAGUGGUUUGGUCCGGGCCAGCAGAGAGGCAGCGUCUGUUUCUUCACCAGCAUACAGGUGAUCAUCUGUACCAUAUGGCUGUCCCUUAGCCCUCCGAUUCCUCAUCGUGACCUUGGUUUCCAGGGGUCAAAGGUUAACCUAGAGUGUGCCAUGAGUUCAGUGGUGGGCUUUGCCGUUGUCUUAGGCUACAUAGGCUUCCUAGCCUGCCUCUGUCUCCUACUUGCUUUCCUGGCUAGGAAACUACCUGAUAACUUCAAUGAGGCCAAGUUCAUCACCUUCAGCAUGCUGAUCUUCUGUGCUGUCUGGGUGGCCUUUGUCCCAGCCUACAUCAGCUCUCCAGGGAAGUAUUCUGUUGCUGUGGAGAUCUUUGCCAUCCUGGCUUCUAGUUAUGGCCUGCUGCUGUGCAUCUUUGCUCCAAAGUGCUUCAUUAUCCUCCUGAGGCCUGAGAGGAACACCAAGAAACAGCUGAUGGGCAGAUAG